AUGAAAAAGAAAUAAACAAAAAAGUAAAAGCAACAGAAGAAGUAAACUCCACUUAAUUCUGGUUAAUUGAUAAAAUUAUUGGAUGAAUAACAUAAGAAGGGGUAGUAUAAAGAAUACCCAUUAUAUGGAUUAAACUUUGCAAAAAUCCCAAUAAUUACAUUUACACCUGAAAUUAAUAAAUACCUCUAAAAAUAUCCAAAUGAAAGUAAGUGUUAUACUGAUUUAACUUUAAUAGCUUCAAUAGGAUUUACUAAAUGUUAUUUGAAUAGUUUGGAAGGGCUGGAAUACCCAGGAGAGAAAGUGGCAACAAUAAUAAUGAACUACAAUAAUCUAAAAGGUGAUAGUUUGUUAAAGAUUUCAAAGUUAUUUCCGAAUGUUACUCAUUUGAAUCUAAGUCACAAUUAAAUAUCUAAGAUUGAGGUAAUUAUCAGAAUUAUUGAAGGAUUUACAACAUUUAAAAACAUUUAAGAAAUUAGAGCAUCUUGAUCUACGUUUCAAUCCAGUAAAACGAUACAAGGACUAUAGAAAGAUUGUUUUUGAAUAGAUUCCUUAGUUGUAACUCUUAGAUUACGAUCAGGAUGUUGAUGAUUCAAUGGACAACUCCAGCAGAGACAAUUGGGUAUUCAUUAAUUUUAGAUGAAUCAGUUGUCUAGUCAAGUUGAGGAGAGUGAGAGUGAGGCUAGUUUUGAUGAUGAAUCAAGUGAAGAUGUUAAGCCUAAGAAGAAAGUAAAAAAAUGAUUUAUUAUUGAUUUGUUAUUGAGAUAAGAAAUAAUUGAAUUUUAUUUAAAAGAAAUGGAAAAACUCUAAAAGGAGAUGCAUAAUUAGUAUUAGUACUUGCUUUUAGAAUUAAAUCGAUUAAAUACUAAAUUGUUGAGAAUCGAAGAAUAAUAAGAGUAAAUCAAACUGCAAAGUUCAGUUCCCAUUUAGAUCAAAGAAAAUGAUUACGAUUUCAUUGUAAAAAGAAUGACAACUACUAGUCAUCAAUCCGUAGCAUAGAAAUGAUGCAAGACAGAUACAAUCAUUUGAGCAGCCAAUUCGAAAAGUUAAAGAACUAGAUGGAUCAAAAAGUGUGUUUAGAAGACUUUGUUAAGUAUACCUCGAAAAUUGCAUCAGAAUAUGCUACCCUAUAGAUGCUCGAUUUAAGCAUCUAAUCCAUUGAAACCAGGAUGCGUUUCAGUUCAUCCGAUAAUCAAAUGAAAGGUAGCUUGGUUGUCUAGAAAGUGAAACAGUAAAACAAAUAAACUUAAGUGUAUGAAUACCAACAUACAAUCGAAUAGCAGUUAGAGGAGAGAUUAAAUCGGUUCAGAGAAUUGAUUAUAUCUCAAGUUAGAUAGUUUUGUGAUUAAGUUCAGGUGUCAGAUAUGAGUAAGCCGUUUAGAGAAUAGAUUUCAAAUAAUGUAGAUAAUCUUCAUGAAAAGUUACAUCAAGUUGAAUUAUUCUAAAUGGAGAUAUAAAGACAUCUAGAAGCAAGGGAAUUCGAAAAACUCAUUAAGAAAUAUAUUGAAGUCGAAGAGAGGCUGAGCCUUGUAGAAAACCAUUCGAAAGGUUUGACCAGCUUAAUCUAAGCUCUAAAUCAGCAGAAGAUUAAGGAUGAAUAAGAAUAGAAGAAGAAAGUGAAGGAGAAAAAGAUUGAGGAUCACUUGAAUCAAUAUUUGACAAUUGAAGAUUUCCAUAAACAUUAAUAGUACAUUAAGGAACAUUAUUUUACUUAAGUUUAAGGUAUAAUUUAAUUGUAAAAAAGGGGCUUAAUUUCUAUAGAGAAUUAAUGAAUCUGAAGAUAACAUUAAGAAUUUGUUUAAUAAAGAUAUUUAUGAUAAGUUGUCAUUGGAAAUUGCUGAUUUGGAUGAAAAAUUCGGUAUUGUGGUCGAAUCUCUAUAAAAUAAAAUUAAUGUACAAAUACAAAAUUAAGCCAACAAACUCAGCACCUUCGAAACGUCUAUCAAUUCAUUUAUGAGCAAAGCAGAAGUCAUUUAAAUGCUUGACAAUCCACAAGCUAUGAUGAAAGUGAAUUCUGCUGUUUAGAAUAUACAAGAGAAGUUUAAAGAACUCUAUGCGAAAUAAAUUGAAAUUCUUGAAUCCUCAUUUAAAUUCACAAUCAGUAACAUACAGGCUGCAAAUAUUACAGAAAAUGAUAAAUUAAAUCAGAACGCUUUGCUUUUAAAAAAGUGUGAGUAGAUCAAAGUGGCUUUGUUUGAAUAUUUUGGGUAAAAUAAUUACCAAAAUUACUCUCAAAAGAAGAAAUAAGAAUUAUAUUAUUAAUAAUCUUAAUAAUUUAAAAAUUCGAAUAGAUUGGAAAGCAAAUUUUAGAAUCGACCUUUAUCUGUUGGUAGUCGUACUACAAAAUUAAGAAGGCAAUCGGCUACUCCGAAAGUUAUUUCUGCAUCUUUUUCAGGAAGUUCUGCAGAGCCAUAAUUUUUUUAGAAGGUUUUGUAGAAUCCUCUUGUUUAAAAAAUGAAGAAAUGA